UAAGAAAUAUUUUACAAAAAAUUAACCGCGACGAGAGCGUCAGCGUUCUGCCCAAAAUUCGGCUGUCUGAAGAUUCAACCACACAACUUGCAGUAGUUUCUUUUCGUUCAGUUCUCGAAUUUGAUCUUGCAAAGAGUUCUUGAGUUUGAUCUUGCGAAAAAAAAAAUGAAAGUCCUCCGGAACAACAAAACGGCGGUCGUGGUUCUUGGGACGACGAGUGCCGGUUUUAUUCUCGGCGGAGGUCCGGAACCGACAGCGGCUCUGGAUGUCGGGGAGUUUCUAUGAAAGUGUGGAAGAGCUACUUUCAUCCCUCAUCUUCAUUUGUCAUGCCAAAGCGCAACUACUGCACUUGUUCUGCAUCUCUUCAGUACAAUUACGGCCUUGUAGUUGCAUCACUUCCACUGCCUUCCCUGACAAGUUUUUGCAGAAAAAAUGCAAUAAGCAUACUACAUGUACAUCCAGCACAUGAUAAAUUUGACAUGAUAAUAUAGAAAUUAUAGUCACUUUUGUUUGAUGUAAACGAAAAAUGCAGAACCGAGCCUACAUAUGAUCUCCUGUAAGUAGUUUCUGGUACUAGUUGUCGUGUUGUUUUCUGUUGCUGCUCAGGCCGUGCGGAGCCUGAGGGACGAGGCGAAGGGAAGUAAGUAGUUCUUGCGCGCUGCGAUACUUUCUGGGCCGUCUUGGUCUUGGAACGGGUACCGGCGAGGGCACUACGAAAACCAACAAGGCGCCGAUGACGCUGAGCUGUGAAAUGGCUUUCAAACAGGCCAAAGACGCAAUGAUGGCCCAGGGGGUGGAACAAAUGCCAACCGACAAUCUGGCGUGCGCGGCCUUCGCGGGGCAAUUGCAUUACAAGGACUGGGAGAUAUCGAAUGCAGCAAAUAUGUCUGGGAGGUCUGGACACUUUUGACGCCGGUUCGACCGUCAUCCCCAAAUCAUGAUCAUGCCACGGAGUUCUUGCUAGGUGAUGUUGCCAAUUCUGCAUGGCAAAGAACUGCCUUUCAUCUAAAGUACAUGAGAAACAACUGGAGCGCUUGGGUAGCGUGCAUGACAGAUAUGAGAGAAGUCAUGCUGGCCGAGCAUGACGCGCACGCGGUCCUUGAAUUCUUUUUCCUCUAGACCAAGUAGACAUAUAAUUUGCAAUUUAUAUCAGAAGGCGGUGAAGAAAAACGGUGCGGAAAGCAACACGUUUACCGGUGAUCCUGAACUUAAUCCGCAAGCAAACGUCCAAGAGCAUGACCGGUAUCCUGUGUUGCAAAAACGCUCCCAACCCCAGAGUCAGGAUGGGAGUUUAGUUUUGGGAUAAAGUUUAGUAAAGUUUCUAUCUGAACAAGAGGUGUAUUAAAGCAGGCUAGCAAGAAGGGUAGCCCCAUCACAAAGCCACCUCGCACUCGUCGCUAUCCUGUUUGAUACUGCAUUAAAAGAAUUCCACAACACCAUUUAUGAUCAGUGUAUGUCUCUCUUCGUGGGAAGAUGCGCGUUGCAAAUGUAUCUGCAGGAGAUGCAUAUCUUCUGCAUGUCAACUCUGGGGUGGGAACUUGUUUACUCAGGAUAGCACCGCUGUCGUUGAUACGAACACUGCACUGAAAACUUGCUGCGAAGUAUGGCCCGCUCACUUCGACCUUCCUGACAUUGUGUUUCGGCGGUUUGUUGAUGUUGAAUGCGUUAAGUACAUCUACAUGCUUAGUGCUUACGCUUAGGAACAAAAAAUCGCCGCCCCACCGUAAGUGCGAAGAAUGUGAUGAAAUCCACGACUGUGCGAUAAUACUUGUUAUACUCUACCGUUUGUGUGUGGAGCAUAUAUCUUUUCUAGGUCGAACUCGAAAAUGAAAUUUCAAUGUGGACAGGCAUGAAUGUACCUGUACGUGUACCAGCCAACAGCGGAGAAAAUGAAAAUGCCAUUGAAUUUAUAGUAAAGCUGCUGGCGCAGUUCCAGUUUCGACAUUGCAAAUUGCAACCGCGUGUCCGAAAAAAAAAAUGCGCAUGGAGAAGAUGGAGGGAAAAAAUUACAAGUUCAAUUUGCCUGAACCUGCGUGAUUCAAUAAAAACAAAGCCCCAUGAACCAAAAAAUGACGGCUCUGGCAGGAGGCGGAGGGGCGGCGUGGUGCUCCAUGUCAACAUGGGCGCCGACACUAGCCCGGCUUCCCAGGACGAAAAUGCCUCGCAUACUAUUCGGAUGUGACAUCAGCUGUCCGCUGAGUCAUCGAUCAUCUAUCCCUGGCUGCGGUUGAUAGUGAUGGAUUUGGAGCUGUACAUUUAUAAAGAACCGGACAGGAAGAGGGGCCGCAGAAAAGAGCCGUGGCAUCAAUCACAUUCGCAAAUGAAAUAACUGUGCGUACUACUAGUAAGUUGAGAUCGUCUACUUUGAGCGGGGCAUAUUCUAACUACGGCCCACACUUGUUUCAUACGCAGAUCAGCGGGGGGCCGCAGAUGACCUGCCAGCAGGGGUUCGCUACUGUUCGGACAUCCGCUGCAGCCAGGGGGGCCCCCCAAGUAGAAGUACCAACCGAAGAUGAAGUGUGCCAGGAAUUCGCGAGCGCCCUGCUGUACAAGGACGCGGCGACGACGAAGAAGGCGAAGUACAACCCUGCUGCUGCCACCACCAAAUUUCCGGGAAAUCCUAAUCCUGCAGGUGGUGCAGAAUCUCCCGAGGCCAUCAUUGGGAUGAACAACAUGCUGAGAACCUGCUGCACUGUAUGCCCCGCUCACGUCCUCGCCUAAGCUACUUGGCAUUUUUAUUCGACAGCUUGAUUGUGUGCAUAUAGACUAAUUCUGGGUUGAAAAAAAACUUCUCGAGAUAGACUUCGUAUAUCAAAUGGAAUGCAGCUUCCACAUCUACGUUCGGACUCGAAAGUCGCCUGCUGAGUGAUCUAUGACCCAUCCACAUCGUAUGAUCCUUGGUGGGAUUAUUGCAUGUGAAGAUGACUCAUGCCGUGGAGAAACCACAAGAGGUGCUCGUGGAACCGGAGCUUUGCAUUACUCACUUACUUAGAACGAAGCUGUUGCUUUUUUAUCCAAGAUGGUCUAGUAGUCUUCUGAGCGGGGCAUAUCUUGGCUACGGUCCAAACUUGGUCGUUGCGCAGAAUGCUGCACCGGCCGCGAACAAGCAGCAGCGCUCAGACACAGUGUUGUGCUGCUGAAUCUUGGUUCUUGCGAAGAAGGUGCUAAGUAGUAGUGCCAGGCACUUUCACGUAAGCACCAGCGUUCUUCUCGUUGUUGCUCUGAUUUUGUGGAUUUGAUGGGCGUCUUAAGGUGCUGUUGCUAUCUUGGGACAUCUGGCUUUUCCAGUUGUACGAAUGUUGAAAUGAUACUGGACACGGACCUACUUACUUACUUAUGAAUGUCAUGGGCGACGUAACGAGAACCAUAAAAGUAGAUCGAGGACAGGAACAAAGCGAAGUUGUAACUACCAGUCAAAUUUUUGUUUUCGAGUUGUCAUUGUCUGCGAAUUUUUACAGUAUAGUUUUGUUAUUCAUUUAUUUUGCAAUUGCGUUUUUCUUACCAUUCUUGUCAUAGUUUUACAACACGUUCAUCGUUUUCAGCUAAUGUGCGCACUUUACUUGUUUUCCCUACAACUUAAACUUACUCGUGGGAUUUAUCAUUGACUUUUCGAAAAAAAAAAAAAAUUACUCACCGACCAGUACUAUUGAAUCUUGAGAAUAUUAUUACUUAAUACCGACCCCGACUUGAACGAUAAUUUUAAUCAAAGACUACUUUUUACCCUCAAAUAAGUCGGGUUAGAGCUAUAAUUUAGCUUCAUUGUCUGCACCAGAGGACCGCAAUGGCUUCUGUUUGGUGACGAGAUGAAUACACAUUUGAUUAGCAUUAGGUAGCCUAGUGCUGGCACAUCAUCAUUCGAAUUGAAACGCGAUCACAUCGCCGUCCUCGCGCAGCAGAGAAGCAGGUGACAAAGCGCUCCGAUAAUUCUAUCUGAAAUAAGCAUGACC